AUGCCGAGCCGUCAGAAGCAGGUCCUGUUCUCGGUGUCCGGGCUGCUGGGCUUCUCGUGCGCGCUCACGGCCGCCGUGGCCGCGGGGCUGCCGCUCUGGCUCCGCGGGACCGUGCUGUGCCGCACCGGGGCCGAGCUGGUCAACGCCACCGGACCCGAGCUGGACAAGUUCCUGGGAGGCCUGAGCUACGGCCUGUUCCAGGGGGAGAGGGUGAAGCAGUGCGGGCUGGGAGGGAGACCGUCCCGCUUCUCCUUCUUUCCCGACCUGAUGAGCGCGAUCCCGGCCGGCCUCCACAUCACCGUCAUCUUCUUCUGUGGUGUCGUCAUCCUCUUCUCCUCCGUGGCCACCGGCUUCUUCUUCUUCAACGCCUUCGGCAGACCCUACGAGACACUGCAAGGCCCCCUGGGACUUUACCUGUGGACCUUCAUCUGCUGCGUGUGCAGCUGUCUGGUGAUGAUCCUGUUUGCGUCGGAGGUGAAGCUCCAUCAUCUGUCCGAGCGGAUCGCCAACUUCAACGAGAUGAACUUCGUGUUCCAGACGCACAGCGAGCACUACGACCGAUCCUUCUGGCUCUUCUUCCUCGUCUUCCUCCUCCACGGACUCAACAUCCUGCUGAUCCGACUGGCCGGCGUCCAGUUUCCCUUCCAGGAGAGUAAAGAGGUGGACCUGAGCGGGGGGGCGGCCGACCUCAUGUACUGA